UUUGCCACGGCGGUCAUGACAGUCUUGAUCUUUGGCGGAUGCUGCUCCAACAUCGAUUCCAACCAUGCGCUUAUCCACACAGGAACACUCGUGACCUUUGUUCAGUUCCUGUUCAUUGCCAUCACCGGAUACCUUGCGCAAUUCGACAGGACACGGCCGCCGUUCUUUGUGGCCCCCAAUGUCGUCCCGCUUCGCCGCUGGCUCGUCAAUAUCCUGCUAUUCUUCAGCAUCAACGUGUUGAACAACCAUGCCUUUAGCUAUAACAUAUCCGUGCCGGUCCACAUCAUCCUACGAUCUGGAGGCAGCAUCACGACCAUGGCGGCUGGCUAUCUCUACGGCAAGAAGUAUUCCCGAGUUCAGAUUUUCGCAGUAUUCCUGUUGAGCAUUGGCGUCAGUCUUGCCGCCUGGUCUGAUUCUAAAGACAAGGUAGCUAGCUUACCACAUUGCCAUUGUGAAAACCCCGUGUUCAAUCCAGGGCUUUUGAUCAUCUUUGUGGCUCAGGUCCUUUCGGCUAUCAUGGGGCUGUAUACGGAGUCAACGUAUCGAAUCUACGGGCCGCAGUGGAAAGAGAACUUGUUCUACUCUCAUAUCCUAUCGCUACCGUUGUUCUUGCCCUUUGCGCCCUCCAUGUGGCGCAAUCUACGCGUGCUAAGCAAGAGCACGCCUCUUGAACUGUACAUUCCGUUUGCUGCGCCGGUGCAGCCCGUACGGGUGCCGUCCCAGCUGGCCUAUCUGGCGGCCAACGUGCUAACGCAGUAUGCCUGCAUUCGAGGCGUGAACCUCCUUGCGGCCAACGCAUCAGCACUCACCGUUACGAUCAUCCUGAGCAUUCGGAAGCUUGUGAGCCUUUUGCUGAGCAUCUGGCUGUUUGGCAACACUCUGACAGCCAGCACCCUUGUCAGCGCAGCCGUGGUGUUUGGGGCCGCGGGUCUGUACAGCGUU